ACCAACCAAUGACGACAGAGGAAGCGAGUGCAUGGUGUCGUUGUAACGUUCAGGCGACAAAAGUUAGCUCCAUAUAACUUACAUCACAGCCAACGAGAGAAAAAGCCCCUUUAAAGUCUGUCUUAUGGAUCCUGCUCAGCAGUCCAACAAGGCCAAGCGGAAUCGAGGGAUGAGGCGCAGCCAGAAUCAGUCGGCGACUCCUCCUCCGAAAGACGCCUACGCCAGGCUGCUGAGCCAGCACCGCAGCAGUAUGUUCGCUUCCUACCUAGCACAGUACGCACAGGAUUCGUUAACCCAAAAAGAGGCAAACGACUCCAGCACGUCGCUCCAAGCCCACAGUGACAGGCUUAACUUGCCACAACAAAAAAAGGACCAUGUGCAGAUCGAGUUCCCCGACUCAAGCGACUUCUCUCCGUCCUCCUCAAAAAACAAAGGGGAAGAGAGUUCACUGUCCUUAUACAUGGAGAAGUUAAGCACUCAUUGUGACCAGCAGGAGUGCGAAAGGAAGCCAGGUGUGAAUGAGAGACAACGACGGGGUCAGAGGAGGGACACCACCGCCAGCCAGGACGGAGACAUCGAAUCCGGCGAGGAGCUUGCCUGUUCGCGAAGCAACGGCCCAAAGAAACAUCAGAAGCAGCAAAAGAAAAGGGAUGAUCCGAACAAAAAUGCUGGCCCCAAAGCAGCCGACGUGAAUGCCGGGCCUCAGACCCCAACAACGAACGCACGCGAGCAGGAGGAAGAGAAAGGGAGGAAGUCGAAGAAAAAAAACCAACCAAAGGAGGAGAAAAACAGAGAGGCGGUUUUAAAAUUAUCCGCUGAUCCUCAGACACAGAGUGCUAAACCAAAACAGGGUAAAUCUCAGCAGCCUGCAGGAGGAAAUUGUAAGAACAAAGGAGACAGGAGAUCGAAGAAGGAGGUGUUUGAGGCCUACAUGAGCUUGGAGGAGGUUUCCCAUGGCCUGAAAAGAGGAGAGCUUUACCAGGGGCAGUUAAGAAUCAAUCCCAAGAAUUACAAUGAAGCCUUUAUUCCGUCUCCUGACGACACGCGUGAUAUAUUCCUGGACGGAGUCGUUGCCCGCAACAGGGCGCUUAACGGAGACAUAGUGGUGAUUCAGAUUCUCCCUCGGGAUCAGUGGAAGGUGGUGAAGUCUGAUACCGACUGCGACGGCACCAGUGAGUCGGACACACAGACGGAGCAUGUGCUGCGAACGGCCCAGAAGAGCGCAGGGCACGGCCCGAGUCCUAACGUCAGAGCGGAGGACCAGUCAAGCGACCCGGAGGAACUGCUUGGGAAACGUCCUGAUGUCUCUUGCGCUAACACAGGGGAAGGUCUGGAAGAUCCUUCAGCAUCCCGAGCCAACGCUGACAACCUCCAAAAGACGGCUAAAGUGGUUUACAUCGUUGAGAGAAAACACUCCCGAGCCGUCACAGGCCACCUGAAGUUCCUACCAGACAAACCCUUCGCCAUGUUCUCUCCCGUAGACCACCGGGUGCCACGCAUAAACAUCAAACUCGACGACUGUCCCGCGGAGUUCAGAGCCAACCCGGGCGACUUCGCCAAGACCCUGUUGAUCUGCCAGAUCACCGACUGGGCAGCCGACAGCAACUUUGCCGAAGGCCGACUUGCUAAGACCCUGGGUCAAGCAGGAGAGAUUGAGCCAGAGACGGAAGGAAUCAUGAUUGAGUACAACGUAGAUUUUUCGGACUUCCCACAAGAGGUGUUGGACUGUCUUCCUGAGACGCUCCCUUGGACCAUCCCACCAGAGGAGAUUGAAAAGAGGAGAGACCUCCGGAAGGAGUGUAUCUUCACGAUCGAUCCUGCCACUGCCAGAGACCUGGACGACGCCCUGUCUUGUAAACAACUCCCAGACGGCAACUUUGAGGUCGGAGUUCACAUCGCUGACGUCAGCUAUUUUGUGAAGGAGGGCACCGCGCUCGACAACAUGGCCUCCCAAAGAGCCACCAGCGUUUAUCUCGUUCAAAUGGUGGUGCCCAUGCUGCCCAGGCUGCUGUGCGAGGAGCUGUGCAGCCUGAAUCCUCUCACCGACAGACUCACCUUCUCCGUCAUCUGGAAACUCACACCUGAGGGAAAGAUCCUGGACGAGUGGUUCGGCCGCUCAGUCAUGCACUCCUGCGUGAAGCUGAGCUACAACGACGCCCAGCGAUUGAUCGAGGCUCCCGAGAGGUUAUUCUCUCCCGACGAGCUUCCCCCCAUCGACGCCGAGCACACCGUCGACGAGGUCCACCAAGCCGUGCUCCACCUGCACUCUAUUGCCAAGAACCUUCGAGCUCAACGCUUCCUAGGGGGCGCUCUGAGACUGGACCAGCCGAAACUUUCUUUCACACUUGACAAAGAGACCAUGACGCCCCAGGGUUGUUAUAUUUACGAAUACAGAGACUGCAACAAGCUGGUGGAGGAGUUCAUGCUGCUGGCUAACAUGGCCGCAGCGACCCACAUUUACAGGGCAUUCCCAACACUGGCGCUGCUGCGGCGCCACCCGCCACCCAAAGCCAAGCUGGUGAAGGAGCUGGAGGUUCUGUGCAACCAGCUGGGCCUGAACAUGGACUUCACCUCUGCAGGAACCAUACAUAAGAGCCUCUGUGCCAUUUAUGGAGAUGACGAGUACUCGGUUUACAGGAGACAAGUCCUUAAUAACAUGUGCUCCAGACCCAUGCAGCUGGCCUUGUACUUCUGUACCGGUACGAGGCUGGAGAGGGAAAAUUUUCGGCACUACGCUCUCAACGUUCCCCUCUACACUCACUUCACGUCACCCAUCAGGCGCUACCCUGACAUCGUCGUGCACCGGCUGCUGGUGGCGUCUUUGAACCUCGGGCCUUUGUUGGGCCUGUCGACAGAGGAAGUCCAAAUGCGGGCGUUGCACUGCAACGAUAAGAAGACUUUGUCCAAGAAAGUGCAGGAGCUCAGCUCUGAGCUUUACUUCGGAGUGUUUGUGAAGGAGUGUGGCCCACUGGAGUCCAAAGCCAUGGUGAUGGGUGUGCUGGAUAAGUCCUUUGACGUUCUGGUUAUCAAAUACGGAGUCCAGAAACGCAUCUACUGCAAGUCCGUCGCGGGCCUGGACUCGUACCGCUACCAGAAGGUGGAGAAGGUCCCGCAGCUCGUGCUGGUCUGGACGAGCGACGAUGAAGAAAGUUCCCCUGUAGAGCAGGUAAUUUCCAUCUUCUCUGUGGUGGACGUGCAGCUCAAGGCGGAUGAAGUGCCUCUGAAAUACAGCGCGUUGCUCAAGAGGCCAGAAAGCACUGCUUCAUAAAACAACAGCUUGCGGAAAAUUGAGACUUGCACGUUUUUGUUUUGUUCAGUAGGAGUGUGACUGUGAGCUUCGAUGUGAUACUGCGUUGUAGCCGCCGUCAUAUCAGAGUCACACCUCAGCACAAUUCCUGUGAAAGGAAAAGAUUUCAUGAAGGUUUGGUUUUUAGUCUUUUUAACUGACCUCACUCAGCGGCUGCCCACUCUCCAAGGUGGUAGGUUCCUAGAAAACGAUUUCCACCACCAUACAGCAGAAAUAUUUCAGUGUUUCCCAACUUUCUUUACAUGGGACAAACGGCAUUUGUGUUAUUUCACUAAAUAAUUUUUAAAAGAUUCAAAAUCUGCUUGUUAGUGUUCUGGAAAAUGGGCAGCUGCAAUGUGAAUCUUACUACAAGGUGUUAAGUGUUUCUGUGUACAUGGAAGAUCCAGACACUUUUCUGGAACUUUCUUAAUAUAACAGAAAUGAUCUUUUAUUAUUUUUCUUGACCAGAUUAGGUCAGUUUUGACGUACUAUGAUUUUAGUUCAGUUUCAUUUAUGAAACCAGAUUUUGAAACCUUGUUUCAGUUUGACAUUGGUGACAUUUUCUAUACAAAAAAAGGGAGGAAAAAAAGCCUUUGUGUUAGAUGCACCCACAAAGACCUUGUGUUGUAUUGCACUCUCCCAGCUUUUGCUCUCGGCUUACUUUCUGUGACUCGGACAAAUUUUGACCAGCGUGACUCAAAUAGCGAAACAAGUUUCAUCUGGACGUUGACAACGGGGUUCCAAUCAGAAGUUUACAUACACGAGCAAAUGUUUGGUAUGUUUGAUACGAUGUACAAAUUAAAUUUACAUUUUUUUUCUUCUUUUAGACAGAAGUUAGCAUUUCCUUUAAAAUACAAAUUUACACAUACUAGAUCAGAUAUAUUCAUACACAACCUUCAGUAUUUGCUUUAAGGCCCUUUUGGACGUUGUAGAAAAGCUACCAGGUGCAAGUCUGGAUGGAUAUUUUCCCACUUUUACCAGGUUAAUUUAAAAUAGUUGGUUUCCUAGAGCAGAUAUAGCUUUUGCACUUUUACAAGCAUUUCUGGUCUAGUUUCUAGUGCUAAUGUCGUAUCACAAGUAAAAUAAGACGAAAUUCACUUAUAAGUAACUUCAUCAAGAAAUAGGAGCUUGUUUUAAGUAAAUAAUUCCUUAAUACUGUUGAAAACAUAUUUCUUUCACUGGCAGAUUGUUUCACCUAUAAAAUGGGGGAAAAAAAAUCUUGUUAGAAGUCAAAUAAUCUGUCAAUGAAACUAAAACUUUUCAUCAAUAUUAAGGAAUUGUUUACUUGAAUUCAGCUCCUGUUUCUUGCUGAAAAGUCACAUGUAAGUGACUUUUGUCUUAUUUCAAUGACACUCAGAUAUUUGCACUAGAAACUAGACCAAAAAAAGACUUGGUGUAUGAGCAGUGUAGAUGCUAAAAUAUUGAAAAACGAGAGUUUACAGUCAACUUUGACCUCUGUAGUUCCUGGGUUGCUCCUGAACAUUGUGACCUGUUUUUCCGUCGCCUGAGUCUGGUCCUUCAGGACAAAGAUCAGGUUGUAAAAAUUCCCCCCUGACUGCAACUCUUCCUUUUUUUUCAGCAAUAUGUGCUGGAAACCAACUCUAGUGCUAUUUCUUAUGAGAGGAUUACUUUAAGACGGGGGUGUCCAAAGUGCGGCCCAUGUGCCGCUUGUGGCCCUUGGACUGAUUUUGUGCGUCCCCCCAGCUGUAGUUCAAAAGUGACACAAAUUUGGCCGGUAGAUUCAAAUGGAGGCUUUUUUCUUACACAAGAAAAUGUAACGUGUAACACAAAGUAUUUGUCUUCUUCUAAGUUUUAACAAAAGAGGAAAUGUACGUACUCCUUUUUUUUCCAUCUACAGUGGUCCUAAAAUUGCUUUCACAUUUUGAAUCCGUUAUGAAUUUUGGGCUUCUUUUAUUUGCCUGAUUUUAGGUAGUGGUUUUUGGUUUUUUUGUUGUUUAUUUUUUAUCCGCGACUACUUUUAAAUCUACAAUGUUGACCCACGUGGCAAAUAGUUUAGACAACCCCCACAUAAUUAUGCCACAAAGCCACAGUUUCUCUGCAGUGUGCCAAGGGUUGUUUUUCCUUAUCUUAGUGAGAGUGGGCUUUAAAUCAACCAUAUAAAUACUUCUCUCAGUUCUCUCUCGUUCACCCUGUUGUUGUCUGGAGAAGACUUGAAGUUGGAUGUUGUACUAUGAAACCAGUCCAAGUAUAAAAGUUUCAGAUAAACUGUGAAGUGAAUGUGGAAAUCCUACCGGAGAUGAGUGGAAGUUAACUUCUGAGAGGAGCAAUAUGCUGAUAUGUAUGGAGUCCUACUAGAAUUUAUACUGAAUAGUGAUAAUAGUAAUAAUAACACAGCAUUUUGUUUUGUUUGUUUUUAAAGAGUCACUUUUAGCUUUCAAACCCCUAAGAGUUUCUGUUUACAUUUUACAUGUUAUUGUUCUGAAGAAAAGAAGAUCUCUGCAGGUAUUUGUUUAGAAGCUCACAGGACUUUUAUUUAAAUUACUAAAAAAAAAAAAAAGACAAAGUAAAAUAGGAUCCGACGUGUUGUUGCCAUGCUCUCUUGGUUCAGCGUGCCAGUUAAGCCAAAGCUAAAACUCAUUGGAAUGACUUGAAUGUGAAAGCUGCUAAAACGUGGGUGGCCUUAGAGGCCUUAAUGAAUUUAUUCUUUGCAGACGUGCUUCCAACUGCGACUACUUUCUUCUCUUUUUUUUUUCUUCUUUUUGCAAUAACGGAUUUGCAGAUUUGAUUUCUGCAGCAGCAAUGCGCUUGUCCUUAAUCAAACAUUAAUUUAAGUCUUAAACAAAUGAUUAAAUCAGGAGAGACUGGCCACCACAUACUACUGUUCUUACCUGUUUUUUUUUUGUUAAGAUUGUGACUUUUUUUAAAAAAAGAACUACUAGUUCAUUUUGAAUUGUUCAUUUCACCUGAGUGACGGUAGAAAAUUGUGAUUUAGUCAUAGGAGAAGAUAAAAUCCAAAAGCGGAUUUUUGUAAACUUUUUGAGAACGUUUCUUUGUCAAUUAUAGCCUAGAUGUUCAGUAUAUAAUGUUUGUUCAUUCUGUCUCCCAAAGAUUGUAUUCAAAUGUCUGUCUGUUUUUUGGCUUCAGAAUAAUACACUUAUC